GUCAGUUUGGAGCUCAAAUUUUGUUUUUGUUUCACGUAAUACACCAAAUACGUUUCUUGGGAUACAUUGGAAAUGGAUUCACUUUUGGCAAAUAUAAAAUACUCAAGGGCCGCAAUUAUUCCCUUAAUGAGUUUUGCGAAGAAAUGGCGCCGACCAGCUACAGCUUGGACCAUUACCGCUGGUAUGCUGUUCGUUUAUAUUACCGAUUGGAAAACAAUAUGCACUCGGAUUCCAUUUUAUAAUCGUAAAUUCUUGGAUUCAGAUAAAUGAAACAUUGUUUAAUUUCGAAGUGACCCGAAGACUUAAAAAUAAGGAAGCACGCAUUUCCUCAGAAAUUCUUCCAGUCAACUAGUUGAUACUAUAGCACAGUGGUCUAAACAUUUAGCAUAUUCCACAAUACAUAUUUGUUAGAAUUAAAACCUUUAAAAAGAAUAAAUUGUUUCAUUUUGUUUCUUUAA